AUGGUGUUUGCAACUAAUUCAUUGUGUCUCAUCUUGAGAAGAGGUCAUUUCACUUGUCUUUCAGACAAGAAGAAGGUAAAAGCAUUUGAAGUGUCCUCCCCAACAAUUGCAGAAGAGCCUGAGCCUGUUCCCUGUGUUCUGCAAGGAGAUGAAAUCCAAGCGCUUGCAAUUAAGGUGGAGGACCUGGAGAAACUCCAUCCUCCGCACCUUCCCCGUGAUGCUGAGAAAAUUCCAGUUAGGAGGAAAUUCCUUGUUCGAAAACAUCAACCCAAAGAGACAAAGAAGAAGGUGCAGCUCCUAGUAGCGUAUCCUGCUAUUCCAACGGCAACUGGGAAACCACUGAGCUUUGUUGGACCAGAGCUAUUGGUUGAUGGCUAUGAAGAGCUUCUCCCUCAUCACGUUUUAGGAAGCCUUCAGGAGUUCAAGAGGGAAGCCUUAGCCAGGGGAAACACUCAGAGAGCAGAAUUUAUUGAGGAUUCUCCUCAAGAUGUUAUAGCAGCAGCUUUAAAAGAGAAAUGGGGAGGAGAGAAGAAAAAGGUUCAUCAGACCCCACCAUCACAGCACAAAGCUCUCCAGAACUGGCAUCAUCAUAUGGAAAUCAGGAAGAAGCAGGAGAAAUAUCUGGGAAAAAUUCUUCAGAAGCCGGAGAAUGAGUUGUUGAUGAACAUCUCAGAUGAUUACAGGCAAAUCCAGGAAGAACGUGACCUCAUUGACCGUAGUCUCCCUGCCCUGCUUCCUGGGAAGGGCUACCGAAGAGGGAGUGAGUUCUGGAGCCAGCCCGAGCGUAUUGGAGAUGAACUCACUGGCCUGAUGAUGACACUGACUCAAAGAGAACGUGGCUACCCAGAGCCAAUCACUCAUGUGGGGAAAUCUCAGACUAUCCGGAUGGAAACAGGUUUGCAGUCUCCAAAGAAGGCCCCUUUCCGUCUAACCUGGGAUAAGAGUCUUUUCCUGAAACGUCGACGGCAAGAGCUAAAAUCUAUCCUAGAAGAGCUGGAUUUUUAUGAGCCAGAUCUGGAUGGACUGGAGGUGAUUGGUAAAGGCCAGCCUUUCACAUCUGUCUCGACACAGCCUUUUUCACACUCCACCACCUCUGAAGAGCCUGAGAGCCUCAGUGACCCCUUUACAGACUAUCCCGAUGUGGUUCCAGAAUCAGUCCUGGGUCCGUCUUUAGAUUUCUGUGGCCAGCCUGCCCGUUGGAUCAACAGCACCAAUUCUUACAGGGAUGAAAUUGGCAUUGCUGCUCGGCUCACCUUUGAGAUUGUGGCUGGUGAGAGAGCUGAAAGCUCCCUGACAGUGAGCAAUGAUGGCACAGCUGCCAUCUGGUAUAGCUGGAGGAGGCUUCCCCAGCAAAUUCCCUUCAGAGAAACAAAGAAGGGGAUGCAGUAUUUUUACUUUAAUACCAGACCAGGUAUCAUUUUGCCUGGAGAAACUAGGAAGUUUGCAUUUUUUUUCAAGUCGGAGAAAGCAGGAAUUUUCAGUGAGUCCUGGGAAUUUAGGACACAUCCGCUGUUAUUAGGAGGAGCUCUGCUGCAGGUCUCCCUUUGGGGAAUUGCUGUGUAUGAGGAUAAAUUGGCUGACCUCAGAGAGAAACUGGAGACAGACCUGGCUGCUCGAGAGGGUGCUGUUAUAGUGGAAGAGAGUCUGAAGGAACUUCUUGAGCGGAUUCGGACCCCAGAGCGCACCCCAUCUCCUGUGGAUGCCUACGUCACAGAGGAAGAGUUAUUCCACAAGAAGAAUCCAGAGUUGCAUUAUCAACAUCAAGUGGUAAAACAACUCCAUAAACUGUGGAGACAGCACGUGGCUGCUCCUUCAGCCUUUGAGGAGGAAGUGCCCUCAGGCCAGAAGAGCACUGUGGAGGACAUGUGGUACGAGGAGAGUAUCUCAGAGGCUCUCCCUGCCCAGAAGAGCUCUACAGAGGAGGUUCUAAGUCAGAAGAACACUCUCAAGGCAACUCAGAGUCAGAUGACGAAUGUGGAGGAGGAGGAACCAAACCAGUCAGGAUGGAACCUUUCCUUCAAGCACUUUAAGGAGGCUAUACAGUCAAUCCCCGAGGAGGAGCAGCGAGAAGAAGCACUGAUCGAGCUCAAUAAGGCAGCGCUGGAGCUAUGUGUCAAACAGAGGCCAACUCAGUCAGAUCUUUUGUAUCAAACCUGUCUCCAGUUGUGGCGUGAAACAAUAGAUGGUCUGGUGAGUCGCUCUCUGUUGCUGAGGUGCCUGCUUGGCAUGCCUGAAAAGGAGACCUGUGCAGACAUUGUUCCAGAGGAAAUGGUGGAAGUACAGCAACUUGUAAAAGGAGAAAAGGAAGACAAAGUAACCGCUAAGAAAGACGAGAAAAGGUCAGUUGGUGGUAAGGAUAAAGAAGACAAAAAAAGAACAAAGACACCAGGAAAAGAGAAGGAGGAACAUCCAAGCAGCAGAAAGUUAAAAGAUGAGAAAAAACUAAAAUCUUCCAAUGUAUCCCAGGAGGUGAAAGAGGUACCACAAGCUGUGGAAACUGUAGUUACAGAUACAGUAGAACCACAUCAGGAGCCAGUGGACCCUGUUUUGUUUGGGAAAUACCAGGAAAAACUUUAUAUUGAAGUUUAUGGGCUGCUGGAUUCAAUGGUGAGCAAAAUGGUUAUUUUAUUUGAGGAUCUAAAGGAAAAAGGUGCUCUAAAGCAGGAGCGUGAAGCAUUUUCUAUCUAGAAAUAAAUUGUUACUUUUCUUUUUAAAAAAAUAAAUAUCCAUGUUUACA